CUCGAGCGCCUGCCUGCGUGUGCCACCGAGGGGGCGAUACGCUGGGACGCGGCUCGCGUGGACAUGCGUGGGUUUGGCGAGACAAAGCGGCUGGAUCUAAGGCUAAUAAGCGCGCUCGGUGGCACGAACAUUAUACCCAGUAAUAGCACCCUGCCCUGUGGCACAUGUCUCUGCGGCUCGACGAGGACUACUACUAGUAGCAGGGCCUGCCCCUUGGCUCCUUUCGAUUCGAGUCAUCAUCUCGGACAGGACAACACCAAAAUGGUGACGAGCAUCGGACAAGAAGGGGCCACGCGGUCGCAAUGCUGCGGUGAUGGUCAAGGCCGAGGCAGCAGCGCCGCGUCGCAGCCGAGCAGUCAUGGGAGCGGCCGGGUUGGCGGUCACAGGGUCCGUGACGGAGGCGGCGACAGCCUCAAGAUGGCGGCGGGUCGGUAAUGGACUCCUCACUGUCGUUGCCGCCACAGCCAGCCUGGAGUGGCGGGGGAGGCGGGAGACGACAGACUGGGACGGGUGAGGCUUGCCCGCGGCCCAUAUUUAGCGUCCAGGCCCCCUCUCAGCAGCCUCUGCCGUCGUUGGUCUUUGCCGUUAUUGUCUCUAGCGUGCGCGCGGAUCCCCUGAAACUAGCAUCCAUAGGUAAGUUGAGGCAGCGCUAGCUCCCGAGCGCGGGAGCUGAGG